GGGAGGACCGAGGCAAACGACGCGGUUAACCAGCCCGUCUCGCGCGCAUAGAUCGUCCAGAGGCUCAGUGCACUGCUGCCACAAUGCUGCAUCGCUGCGGCUAAGUCAAACGGCUGUCAAGCAGCAGAGCCAAGCACUGCCAGCAAAGCGAGCACAGCACACGCAGCGCCGAUGCACUGCCAGAGGCUUGCGAGCACAGCGUAAAACCGACACGCAACCGCGCUGGUCAGUGCAUUAAAACAGCGCCAGGAACCGAUGACGACCACCAAAGACGUCCUACUCCCGCUCGCGACGUCCUCGCUCGCCUGCAGCGCGACCUUGAUCGAGCUGACGAUCCCGCAAGUCGUGCGGCUCAGCCAACCGACGGCCGCGCCGCUGCCCGCGACACCACUAACAGCGCGCCUGGCGAUGCUGCCGCGGCUGCUCGGGCCCCAGACGGCGCUCACGGUCGUCCAAUUUGGCUUCAUCCGCGAGCUGCGCGACGCCAUGGACCGCUGGCGCGGGCCGCACCCGCUGCACCUCAGCCUGUCCUACGGCCUCGUCUCGGGCCCGUGCCGGUCGGCGGCCUACAAUUUGUUAAUUGCCGGUACGUACGCGCACCACGGCCGCGCGUCGCCGGGCGACGCCUCGCUCGCGCGGUUCUGGCGCACGAAGGUCGUCCCGGGCCUCGCCUGGAGCGUCCUGCGCGACAGCGGCUCCGUCGGGGGCGGUAUUGUGGUCGCGCCGCUCGUCGUGCCCCGGGACGCGUCGCCCCCCGUAAAAUUCCUGGGCGGCCUCGGCUGCGGCGCGUGCUGCGGCCUGGCCACGCAGUUGUUCCACAACGCGGCGCUCACGGCCGGUCGCAUGGCCGAGGCCGGCACGCGCCCGGGCACGCUCGAGGCCAUGCGCCUCUGCCUCGCGGAGCACGGCGCGAGCGCGCUGUACGUGAACUACCCGUACCGCGUCGCCGUCAUCGCCUUGUGGACGGGCAUCCUGCACGUGGCGGACCCGUUUCGGAGGUGAGUUGUGAUACAUGUCAAAAUUAU